CCUAAAGUCAAAACCGAUGGAGCUUUAUGUUUCAUUUAUCCGCAUGCAAUGGAGCUAACAGAAGGGAUAAUAUUUGUCUCCGGGGAGCUUCAAUACGAUAAGGGAUUUACAAUCAUAGAAGAGAGAGAGAGAGAGCAUGAUUAAGAGACUUGACCCAGGAGCUGAAGAGAGCUGCGCUUCUAAUAAGUAGACUGAAAGGUAUUCAAUUGGACGAACGACGAGAAGGGCAAGAAAAUCAAGGGGUUAGCUUUCCAAGUUCCACGAGCGGUGACCCUGGAAGUCGUUUUGGAGCGGGAACAUGGAAGAGACUGAUCGCUUUUCAAUUGAAAUGGAACCCAAGAACCGACUCCCUGCAACUCACAUUGUCGCGUCAAACGAGUCAUCCGAAUUCGCCCGCCUGAAUUGGGUCCUGGCCCGUUCUUCUGUAAUCGGUCUCGAUGCCGAGUGGAAGCCCCUCAAAACUCAACAAUCCGCCUUCCCAAAUGUGUCGCUCCUCCAACUCGCUUGUCAGCUCAGACCUGAACUUUGCUCUGACUCGCUGGAGGAGAAGGAAGACUGGGUGGAGGUUUUCCUCCUUGACCUUGAGUCGAUUCCCCUGCCUUUCAUUUGGGAAUUGCUGAGAGAAGUAUUUAUUUCUCCGGAUAUAUUGAAACUAGGAUUUAGAUUCAAGCAAGAUUUGGCCUACUUAUCCUCAACCUUCUGCUCUCAUGGUUGUGAUCCUGGGUUUGACAAGGUGGAGCCAUAUUUGGAUAUCUUCAGUGUUUAUCAUUAUCUACAGCCAAAGCAACAAGGAAGAAAGGUGCCAAAGGAAACGAAGAGUUUGGCAACUAUAUGCAAAGAAAUACUGGGGAUUGCCCUUUCUAAGGAACUUCAAUGUAGUGAUUGGUCCUCCCGACCUCUUACUGAGGAACAGAAAAACUAUGCUGCUACAGAUGCACAUUGUUUGCUUCAAAUUUUUGCUAUUUUCAAGGAAAAAGUUGCAGAAAAAGGAAGUUCUUCUCGAGUUGUAAAUGUGCUGGAUACUCCGCAUAUUGGGUUGAAAGCAUUUCUUGAGCUAGAUGAAAGAUGUAAUAAACAUCUGAGGAUUAAAACUCAUGAAGCUUUGGCAAUAGUUAGGGCGACUGUUUCUUCUAGACAUUUCCAAAGGAUAGCUUGGGGAGAGGGAGUACUUUCCAGGACAAGAUCUAUAUAUACCAUGCCCAUGGGUGAGUCGUUCGUCAAAAUAGUAAGAAAAUAUGGUGAAAAAAUCCUGUUGAGAGAAUCUGAUAGGAAACCAAGAUCCUCUAAGAAAAGAGGAAAGAGAAAACCUUCCAUGAUCACUCAAGUUACUAGAGAAAAGUGGAUAGAUGAUAAUAUUUGUAGCUGGGAAGGGAGCACGCCAUGGGAAUUGUCCGAGGGUGGUGAUGGCUACCCCAAGUUCCUUUGUGAUGUUAUGGUUGAGGGUUUGGCUAAACAUCUUCGUUGUGUGGGAAUAGAUGCUGCAAUCCCUUGUUCUAGAAAACCAGAUCCAAGGGAAUUAAUAGAUCAAGCAUACAGAGAAAAGAGAGUGGUUUUGACUCGGGAUGCAAAACUAUUAAGGCAUCAGCAUUUGAUAAAGAACCAGAUUUACAGAGUGAAGAGUCUUCUUAAGAAUGAACAACUACUGGAGGUUUGAGAUGACUGCGGAGACCAAACAGAGGAGUUUGCUGGAAUCUUUAGUCGAGUUACCGCGGUUUGAAUUAGUGAUCGAGACCUUUAACCUAAAGAUCAACGAAAAUCAGCUGAUGUCAAGAUGCACCAAGUGCAAUGGGAAGUUUAUUCAAAAGCCGCUAACAACAGAAGAGGCAGUUGAAGCAGCAAAAGGUUUCCAAAAGAUACCCAACUGUUUGUUUAACAAAAAUCUGGAAUUUUGGCAGUGCAUGGAGUGCAACCAACUGUACUGGGAGAUGUCUGGACAUGGAAUGGGUAAACCGGAUAUGAUUAAGGCGAGAAAUAAGGAGAGAAUGGAGGGUCGUGCUUGUAGACUUACGGCGACUGGUAGGAAGGAAAAUGAAGAAAAAAAUCCACCUAAGGUUAGAAGGAAGAAGAAGGCGGAUGUAGUGCGUCCUGACGGCCACCCUACUGUGGGGCAGUUGUCUCUUAGUCGAGGCACUACCAGUCAUGGAGACUUCUUCUUCUCCGGAUUCGCUUUUCUGACAUUGCUGAGGGAUACGAUCCUUCACGUUGUCUGCGCCAGUUUGGAUACCGACAGAUUAUCCCCGCUGCUAUGACGGUACCACAUGACCAGUACCGUCCGGCUUCCGGCAGCAGUUACAUAGUCUUUUGGGAUCCGUGGGUGAAUCAGUUGUGGAAUAACGUGGCAGCUCGUCGUCUAGAGUUGGAUUUUGCUUCUCGGCCGUGCGAGCAGCCAUCGGAGAUCGUGGAGGAGUACGUUGACUGGUUUCUGACUAGAUCGCACCCACGGAUCACCCACCCCACUGAUGAGGAGCCUCAGCCUCGAC